AGCCUGCCGUUGGACGAGUUCAGUUCAGUUCAGAUCAGAUCAGAUCAGAUGAGCCGUUGGUUCUCCGCGGAGGAAAAGUAAACUAAAUCCGGUCGUGGGGGCAGUUUUAACCCGCGACAUCCCAGCUCACCGUCCGAACCGGGGACGCCUUUUGUUUUUUGUUUUUUUGUUGUUGUUUUUUUUAUUUAACCCGUAACAACUGCUGCAACUACAGCAGAAAGAGCCGGGGCGGAGGGAGGGAGGGAGAGCCGCUGGUAACGUAACAUCCGUGACGUCGGUGCGCCCGGGCUGCUGCUCCGCUGGGUUUACCGCCACGCCGUUCGUCAGGAGGGUCCUCCUCGGUGUUUACUGAGCGAUCGAUCGAUCCGAUCGUAGCCUAAUCGCGGGAUCGAUACGUGUGUGAUGAUGGAGAGGAAGAGGACGGACUGUCCCGCUCUGCCGCCCGGCUGGAAGAAAGAAGAAGUGAUCAGGAAGUCCGGACUGAGCGCUGGGAAGAGCGAUGUCUACUACUACAGUCCUUCAGGGAAGAAGUUCAGGAGUAAGCCUCAGUUGUCCCGUUACCUCGGUAACACAGUGGAUCUGGGAUGUUUCGACUUCCGGACAGGGAAGAUGAUGCCUGGGAAACUGCAGAAGAACAAACAGAGGCUUCGGCACGACCCGCUCAGCAUGUCCAAGGGAGGAAAACCAGACCUGAACACAGCUCUGCCAAUUAGACAAACGGCGUCCAUCUUCAAACAGCCCGUUACCAAGGUUACGAGUCAUCCCGGCAACAAGGUGAAGAUAGACCUGCAGAGAGCAACCGAGCAGCCCAGACAGCUGUUUUGGGAGAAGAGGUUGAAAGGUCUCCGGUCAUCAGACAUCACAGAGGAAGUCCUGAGGACCAUGGACCUGCCCAAAGGACUGCAGAGUGUUGGGCCAGACUCCAGCGAUGACACUCUCCUGUCGGCCAUCGCCAGCGCCCUGCACAUGAGCUCUUCUCCGAUCACGGGACAGACGUCUGUGGCUGCUGAGAAGAACCCGGCCAUCUGGCUGAACACGUCCCAGCCUCUCUGCAAGGCCUUCACCGUCACUGACGAACACAUCCGGGAGCAGGAGCUGAAAGUGCACCAGGCUAGGAGGAGUCUGGAGGAUGCGCUGAUGGCCGAUGGUUUGGCGCGGGCCGCCGAAAACACCCGAGAGCUGUCGCAGGGGAAGACGGCCUGAAGACAGACAGAGUUCCUCUGUUCACCAGCCUCAGGUUUACAUCAUCUUCAUCUUAAUCCAGACAACAAACCAAAAACCAGACCACCCACAGACUUAAAUAUCACCCGCACUGAUCCGUUGUCUUAGUGGGCUGAUUGUUUCAACCCUCCCAUUAAGGAAACCUUUUUCAGGAUGACAUCACACUGGACAUCUGUCAGCUUCUGGAAACUAAAGUGAUUUUCUAGAACAGCAACAACAACCACAGCAAUGACGGCAGCAACGAUUUUAAAACCACCAGCAACAAAUAACUGCAGCUGCAACAGAAACUGUAACAAAGGAACAAGAGGAGCAACAGGAGCAAUAAGUGGAGAAUCCACCAGCUCAAAGCAACAACCGAAGCCUUUAAUCUUCUCUGUGACUUAUACUCUGUGCAAACUUUACAACAAGCGCUUGACUCAGUUUUCAAAUACAGAUAUAAAUUCUUCUUCUUUUUAUAUAAUGCUGAUAAAAAAUAAUUUAAAAAAUACAUAAGCAAUGGCCUCAUUAAACCCAAAGUCAGGUUGCAAACUGCUGGACGGCUUUUGCUAACUCUAACUACUACAUUUCAAUGUACUCUUUGAUGAGUUUGGUUGUGGUGUCAUAUUGUCGUCGGUUUUAAAGAAGUCUUCAGGGGUUUUACUGAAAUAAUGAGAAUUUACAUGAAUAUGAAAUAGAACAACUGUUUAUUUAAGACAAAUUUUAUACCUAAAGAGAACAUACGUGUACAUUUCUUGGACUGGAGUAAAUAAAUGAUUAUAUUCA